AUGGAACAAGAGCCAGAGUACACCCCAUACUCCUAUGAUGAAGUUCCAGGAAACAGAACCUGGGCACACACUUUGCCCAAACCUGGUUUAAGUACGUUGUACAACCAAGAGUAUGAAAAAGAUGCUUGUGGGGUAGGUUUUGCCUGCCACAUUAAGGGUGUUCCUUCUCACAAGAUAGUCUCUGAUUCCAGCUACUUGCUUUGCAAUAUGGCACACCGUGGAGCAGUCGGUUCCGAUGCUAGAGACGGAGACGGAGCUGGUGUCAUGACUUCUAUUCCACACAAGUUCAUGGAACGUGAGUUCCAAUAUCACUGUGGGGUUAAAAUUCCUCGAUUGGGAGAGUAUGCCGUAGGUAACGUCUUCUUCAAGAAUGAUGACCAGGAAGUCAUCAACCGUUCUAAGGCCACUUUUACCAACAUUGCCAAAUCUUUGGGGCUGAGGGUGCUUGGUUGGAGAAAUGUCCCUCAUGACUCAUCCAUUUUGGGUCCUGCAUCUCUAUCCCGUGAGCCAUUCAUUCAACAGCCUUGUAUUGUCUUGGAAGAAGCCUACGGUGAAGGCGACUCUCCAGCUGAGUACUCAGAGGCUGAGUUUGAGGAAAAAUUUCAAACUAGAUUUGAAAAACAAUUAUUUAUUUUGCGUAAGCAGUCCACUCAUACCAUUGGUAUUCAUAACUGGUACUAUAUUUGUUCAUUGUCCAACAAGAAUAUAGUGUACAAGGGACAGCUUACUCCUGCCCAGGUAUUUAACUACUAUCAUGAUUUGGUCAAUGUGGAGUACGAAUCCCAUUUUGCUCUGGUGCACUCCCGUUUCUCUACAAACACUUUUCCAUCUUGGGAUAGGGCUCAACCUUUGCGUUGGGCUGCCCAUAAUGGUGAGAUCAAUACAUUGAGAGGUAAUAAGAACUGGAUGAGAGCUCGUGAAGGUGUUAUGUCAAGUACCACUUUUGAAGACGACGAGCUUGAUAAGCUUUACCCUAUAAUUGAAGAGGGUGGAUCUGACUCCGGUGCUUUUGAUAAUGUACUGGAGCUACUGAUGAUUAACGGAGUCCUUUCUCUUCCCGAGGCCGUUAUGCUACUAAUCCCCGAAGCUUGGCAGAACAAUGCUAACAUGCCUCCUAAGAUGCGUGCUUUCUAUGAGUGGGCUGCUUGCUUAAUGGAGCCUUGGGAUGGACCUGCUUUGUUUACUUUUGCGGACGGUCGUUAUUGUGGGGCCAAUCUGGAUAGAAAUGGAUUACGGCCAUGUCGAUUCUACGUCACCGAUGACGAUCUUAUGAUUUGUGGUUCCGAGGUUGGUGUCAUUCCAAAUAUUGAUCCCGCUAAGAUCAUUCAGAAAGGUCGUUUGCGUCCUGGUAGAAUGCUUUUGGUUGAUACCAAGGAGGGAAGAAUUGUAGAUGAUAGAGAAUUGAAAAGCAAAGUUGCAUCCAGAUUUGACUUCAAGUCUUGGGUACUUGCUAAUCAAAUCUCUAUACCUGAACUGAUUUCCAAACUUGAGGUAAGGGACAUCUCUCUAGCCCAAGAUCUGCCUGAAGAUGCUGGUAAUAUUGACACCGAUCCCAGACUGAAAGCGUUUGGAUACUCCUUGGAACAAAUAAACUUAAUUAUUGGACCUAUGGGUGCCAGUGGAAAGGAAGCACUUGGUUCUAUGGGUAACGACACUGCUCUUGCUUGUAUUUCCGAGAAACCGAAACUAACCUAUGAAUAUUUCCGUCAAUUGUUUGCGCAGGUCACAAACCCUCCCAUUGAUCCCAUCAGGGAAUCGAUUGUGAUGUCCUUAGAAUGCCCAGUAGGACCUCAAGGUAAUAUAUUGGAGAUGAAACCUCAACAGUGUAAUAGAUUGUUGCUGAAGUCUCCUAUCCUGACCAACAGACAGUUUAAGGCACUCACAGAGAUCAGCAACGUUUAUCCUCAGUGGAAAAUCUCGACUAUCGAUAUCACGUUUGACAAGGAGGAAGGAUUGUUGGGAUACACGAAUGCUAUAUCCCGUAUUUGUCAACAAGCUCUGCUGGCUAUCUCGGAGAAUUCGUCCAUAAUUAUCCUAUCCGAUAGAAACAUUUCCCAAGGUAACCGCAUUCCGCUUUCGGCUUUAGUUUCUGUUGGUGCCGUUCAUCAUCAUCUGGUAAGACAGAAGCAAAGAUCUAAGGUUGCAAUUAUUGUUGAAACUGGUGAAGCUCGUGAGGUUCAUCAUAUGUGUACCUUGGUUGGUUAUGGUUGUGAUGGUAUCAAUCCAUAUCUUGCUAUGGAAACACUUCUUAAUAUGAACAAGCGUAAAUUGCUGCGAAGUCCCAAAGGAGAGCUUACUGAUGAUCAGGUAAUCAACAACUACAAGUCCUCAAUCAACAGUGGUAUCCUAAAGGUAAUGUCGAAAAUGGGUAUUUCCACUCUGGCCUCCUACAAGGGAGCCCAAAUUUUUGAAAUUCUCGGUAUGGAUAACUCGAUUGUCGAUAGAUGCUUUGCUGGAACCGCCUCGCGUAUUAAGGGUGUGACAUUUGAGUAUCUCGCUCAAGAUGCAUUUACUUUACAUGAUCAGGGUUUUACACCAGAAAAGUUCAAUCCAGAAUCCGUAAGAAAGGAAGGUCUCCCCGAGACUGGUGAGUAUCACUGGCGUGAUGGUGGAGAAGCUCAUAUCAAUGAUCCUGCAGCUAUUGCUAGUAUUCAGGAUGCUGUCCGUAAUAAGAACGAGAAAGCAUAUGAGGCUUAUAGUAAGAAGGAAUACGAGGCAAUCAAGAAUUGUACUCUCCGUGGUUUGUUAGAUUUUGAUUUUGAUCAUUCCACCCCAGUUCCUAUCGACCAGGUUGAGCCUUGGACUGAAAUUGUUCGCAGAUUUGCAACGGGAGCCAUGUCCUAUGGUUCUAUAUCAAUGGAGUCUCACUCAACACUUGCGGUCGCCAUGAACAGAUUAGGUGGUAAGUCUAAUACAGGUGAGGGUGGUGAAGACAAGGAGAGGUCCCAUAUCACCGAGAAUGGUGACACCAUGAGAUCCGCCAUCAAACAAAUUGCUUCGGGAAGAUUUGGUGUCACUGCACACUAUCUAGCUGAUGCUGAUGAACUUCAAAUCAAGAUGGCUCAAGGUGCUAAACCUGGUGAAGGUGGUGAGUUACCAGGCCACAAGGUAUCUAAGGAGAUUGCCAGAACUCGUCACUCUACACCUGGUGUUGGUCUCAUUUCGCCUCCUCCUCAUCAUGACAUUUAUUCCAUCGAAGAUUUGAAGCAACUUAUCUACGAUCUAAAAUGUAGUAACCCUAGAGCUCGUAUCUCUGUCAAAUUGGUUUCCGAAGUUGGUGUCGGUAUCAUUGCUGCAGGUGUUGCUAAAGCUAAGGCCGAACAUAUUUUAAUCAGUGGUCAUGACGGUGGAACUGGUGCUUCACGUUGGACUGGUAUCAAGUAUGCUGGACUUCCAUGGGAACUAGGUUUGGCAGAAACCCACCAAACGUUAGUUUUGAAUGACCUGCGUGGCCGUGUUGUUGUGCAAACAGAUGGUCAACUCAAAACAGGUAGGGAUAUCGCAAUUGCUUGUCUGCUGGGAGCUGAAGAAUGGGGUUUUGCCACUGCUCCUCUUAUUGCAAUGGGCUGUAUUAUGAUGAGAAAGUGUCAUUUGAAUACCUGUCCAGUAGGUAUCGCUACUCAAGACCCAGAGCUUCGUUCCAAGUUUGAGGGUACACCUGAACAUGUCAUUAAUUUCUUCUACUAUCUUGCCAAUGAGUUGAGACAAAUCAUGGCAAAACUCGGAUUCCGUACCAUUAACGAAAUGGUGGGUAGAGCCGAAAAACUGUUUGUUCGUGAAGAGUUCAUGAAUACCAAGAAUGUUAAUAUUGACUUGUCGCCAAUUUUGACCCCUGCUCACAGUAUUCGUCCUGGUGUAGCAACCCGUUGUGUCCGUAAACAAGACUACAAGCUUCACAUGAGGCUGGACAAUAAACUUAUUGAUGAGGCAGAAGUUACUCUAGAGAAUGGCCUUCCUGUUACUAUUGUUUGUGACAUCACCAAUACCGAUCGUGCUUUUGGAUCAACUUUGUCCUACCGUAUCUCAAAGAAAUUUGGUGAGGAAGGUCUCCCUCAUGAUACUGUCCACGUUAAUGUCACAGGAAAUGCCGGGCAGUCCUUUGGUGCGUAUCUUGCCCCUGGUGUGACCUUGGAAUUAGAAGGUGACUGUAAUGAUUAUGUUGGAAAAGGGCUCUCCGGCGGUCGCAUCAUCGUUUACCCUCCUAAGUCCAGUGUUUUCAAGGCUGAAGAGAACAUGAUUGUUGGUAAUACAUGUCUUUAUGGAGCCACUUCCGGAGCAGUAUUUAUCAGCGGUAUUGCGGCUGAAAGAUUUGCUGUUCGUAAUUCAGGUGCUACUGCAGUUGUUGAAGGAGCUGGUGAUCAUUGUUGUGAGUAUAUGACAGGUGGUCGGGUCGUUGUGCUGGGUAGCACAGGUAUCAAUUUUGCAGCUGGUAUGUCUGGUGGUAUUGCUUAUGUGUUAGACAUGGCUCAAGAAUUUGAGGAUACAAAAGUGAACAAGGAGAUGGUUGAACUUUCGUCUUUGACUGACCCCAGUGAGAUUGCUUUCCUGCGUGGAUUAAUCGAGGACCACCGCCAUUACACUGGUUCUGGACUCGCUAAUAAUAUAUUGCAGGACUUUAACCGAAUUCUGCCUCGCUUUGUGAAGGUAUUGCCUUACGAGUAUAAGAAUGUCUUGGAGAAGGAAAAGAAGGAACUUGAAAAGGUGAAGCAAGAUAAAGUUCAGAAUUUCUUCGAAAAACUCAAGCAAGACCCCGAAGCUGAUGUUACAAACGGAGAAAUUCUUCGUAACAAGAAGUCAAGUUGUAAGAAGGCAGAACCUAAAAUCACUGAUUUAGAAGAUGCCAUUCUCAACGUAAAAUCCGAGGAAAAGAAAUUAGUGAAGCUAGAUAAACUGAAGGGUUUCAUGAAGUACAAGCGACUUAAUGAACCCUACCGCAGUGCAAAGACUAGGACCAAAGACUGGAAUGAGCUUUCCACAAGGUUGACCAAAGAUGAAUUGAAACAACAGACUGCAAGAUGUAUGGACUGUGGUGUUCCCUUCUGUACCAGUGACACUGGAUGCCCCAUCUCAAACAUUAUUCCUCAAUGGAAUGAACUUGUUUUCCGUGAUCAAUGGUAUGAAGCUUUGCAGAGACUUUUGAUGACCAACAACUUCCCUGAAUUUACUUCAAAGGUAUGCCCUGCACCUUGUGAGGGUGCCUGUGUGGUUAAUCUCACUGGAGCUGAAGCCGUCGGUAUAAAGUCUGUGGAAGCUGGUAUAAUUGACUACGGAUUCAAACAAGGUUGGAUUAAACCUCAGCCUCCUAAGAUUCGCACCGGUAAGACUAUUGCCAUCAUUGGUUCCGGUCCUGCUGGUUUAGCAGCUGCUGAUCAGCUGAAUAAAGCUGGUCACUCUGCCACAAUCUACGAACGUGCUGACCGUCCAGGUGGUCUCUUAAUGUAUGGUAUUCCCAACAUGAAGCUGGACAAAGGAAUUGUUAAGCGUCGUACUGAUUUGAUGGCCGCUGAGGGCGUCGAAUUUAAGUGCAAUGUUAAUGUUGGAGAAGAUAUCACACUUGAAGAGCUGGAAAGAGACUAUGAUGCUGUCGUGGUAGCCAUUGGUUCCACCAUACCAAGAGAUCUAAAGAUUCCAGGGCGUGAACUGAAUAAUAUUAAAUUUGCUAUGGAGCUAUUAAAAUGGAAUACGCAAGCACUUCUUGAUGAUUACUUAGACAAUGUUCGUGAUGAACUUGAAGGUAAGCAUGUGGUUGUUAUAGGAGGUGGUGACACAGGUAAUGACUGUUUGGGAACUGCAACUAGGCAUGGGGCAAAGAGUGUGACUAACUUUGAAUUACUGCCACAUCCCCCAGAAACCAGAUCCAGGGAGAACCCAUGGCCUCAGUGGCCUAGGGUAUUCCGUGUCGACUAUGGACACAGUGAAGUUGCUACUCAUUAUGGUAAAGAUCCACGUCAAUACUCUAUCCUCAGUAAAUCAUUUGAGGGCGAUGAUGAGGGUAACGUAAAAGGUAUCAAUACUGUCAGAGUUGAAUGGAAACAGUCCGAUAGUGGAGCAUGGCAAAUGGCUGAAGUUCCUGGAUCUGAGGAUUUCUUCCCAGCUGACGUUGUUCUUUUGUCUAUGGGUUUCAUGGGUCCUGAACUAGACAAGAGCGGAUUAGGUUCCGCCCAAGGUCUUCACAGAGACAAGCGUGGUAACAUAUCCACUAUUUCCACCUCUGGAUACAGAGUAUCCAAUAAGGUAUUUGUUGCUGGUGACUGUCGCCGUGGUCAGUCUUUGAUUGUCUGGGGUAUUCAAGAAGGACGUCAAUGUGCCAGAGAAGUGGAUAACAUCCUCAACAAAGGAGAAAGUAUUCUUCCAGGCAACGGAUCCAUCGAGCUUCGUAACUUCAAGAAACUUGAGGAACUUGCAGCCAAGGCCUAA